AUGCACCCUUGUCUUACACCUCCUCCAAGCUCUACUGGAGGGUCUAGUCCAGACUAUGACCGUUAUGAUGACCCGGAGACCAGGGGUACUUUGCCUAGCCAAAGUUUUUCGGGCCUUUCUCUAAAGACACUUCAUCAAGGCAGGGGUAUAACUCGGACUCUCCGCAGAACUCAUGAUUCGUCGCCGAACAAACCCAUGAAACGCCAUAGGUCGUUAUCACCAUCGUCUUCCAAAACCGAGGAUGACGAUAUCAAUGCACCUGCAUCCCUUCCCCCCAUACAAGACAUGGCAAUUCCUCCGACCAUUGGAGGCGUCCAAGAGCAAUGGAGCUCCGCUUCACUGAAAGGAGCAUUGUACCAGGGCAAAAGUCUAGUUGCGCAUGGCUUAAGAAACAUGUCUUCCGAGGCUGUUGCUCAAGCAGUCCUCACGAAGGAGGCUGAUCUUGAAUGGAAGCGCUUGCGUGCUCUAGCCUCCGCUUGGGAAAUUGAAGUUUCUCAGCGACACACAAGGCUUCUCCAGAUACUUCUUGAGGACGAAGCUGCUGGCUUUGCCAAUGCCACCAAAGAAUCUCUGGCUGUCUCGCUUGAAGCACUUGCCAAUUGUAACAUGGCGGAGCUCAAAAAUCGCACAGCCUUCAGUAUGGCUGCGUACGGUCAGGACAGGACUUCUUUCAUUGCCACCGACGCGCAGCUUGAUCACCUCGAAUGCCUUGCUCGUGAGCACUAUCUGCCCAUGAGUGAUGAAGACACCCACGAGGUCGGCGCUCGUAAGCAAGAUUCGCACGCAGGAGAAGGCCGCUUGCCUGCAAGUCCCGCAAACUCGGAUUUAAGUGCCAUGGUUUCGGAUGAAGAUCCUUUUAGCAGAUCAGGUUCUCGAUAUGUUCUCGCGGGGCGCGUUAGGUCCGAUCCUUCAUUUGUCUUCUGUAGCUCUAAAGUCAUGGAAUCGAAGGCCUCACAUUUCACACGGAGACAAAACAUUCUCGAGUUGCGGCAGAUAGUGUCAGUACCUUCUAUCGAGACUGCCUCAAGAGCCUCGCGGCAGAAUGAUACUGACGGCGUCGGUCAGCCAAUGGAGAUGCUGCGCCCAACCGUGACUGUCUGGCUACUGCAACAUGGUCACUGUGACCGAGUCGCCGCUAGUACUACCGUGACUAGUACACUAGCUGUCGCACCUCUCGAACCUGAACGAUCCUGGUCAUCGGCGCCUGAACUCUGGGGAGAGCUACCCAAGCAAUUGACUGCCAUUCAGCCACCGCCUCAGGCUGUGGGCAGCAGCAGUCAUUCCAACGUUGAUUCUUUUACAGCUGAUUUCUUCCAGUCCAACGUGAACGAGUCAAGUACCAGCGUCCCGCGGCUACAUAUUCACGGUGAUCAUGAUGAUAACCUUGGCUAUCACCACGGAGAUCCCUAUGAUCGCGAUUACAGGCCCACAAGUGCCCAUAACGUUAAUGUCACCAACGAUCCCUACCAUGACCACAACAACUACGGCAGAAGCCAGCGGCCGCAGCCUGACCUGCCAGUACAAGCCCCAGUAAUCCAAAACCCUCCCAGUUUCUUUCAGAACCCUCCAAAUCUGUCCCUGUGGCCGAUCCACCAUUCGGACGCCCACGAACAUGUUAGCUCAUCGUCACAUGUUAAUCUGCCUCCGGCUAUUGAGGCUCCACCUCAUGCGUUUGACAUUCCCCUCAAUAUUGUUGAUAAGAAGAUGAACCGAGGGCGCAAAGUUGGCCCUCAGUAUCACACAGCAGCAUCCGGCCGACGGUCCAACUCAAAAUGUACGAGUGUCGUACAACCAGGGUCUUUGCGAGUCAUUCAGGUAGUCAUCUUACCACCGCAGUUUAUCGAUCAAGUGAAGGAAGACGCUCACGCUCACAUGGUGAAAUUCACAUUCGAAAACUCCUUUUUUCUCGCCGAUGAAACUUUAACGCAUUUGGCGAAUCACGCGCUUGACACUGCAGUCGCUCAGUAUUCAAACACUCAUCGACGUAAAACAGCGGAGCUCAAUAAAUGGAGAAAGUGUAUUGACGCUAAAGGCAAGAUCAGCAGGCUCAGGAGCGUUCCGACCACCAUCAUCGACACCUUUAGGGCGUGCGGACGCCUCGUAGUCUUCGUCGCAUAUGAACUAGCCCUGCCGGUCACUGCCCAGCGCAGGCAAUCAACCCAAUCAGCUCGCAUUGACAGGGUUGAGUCCUUACUACUAAACGAUUCAUUCCUUGACGGAUUCUUGGAGCAGUUCCUGGUACCCCUCGCAAAUCGCGCGAUCACUAACAUUUUGGAGAUCAUGUUGUCGGAGCAACAAUAUGGUCGCUACAUCUUCGAUGGCACAGAUAAAUGGAGGCUGCGGCUUUCGAACACUUUCUUUCUCGGAGGAACAACAUGUAGGUGGGGAAUAAAGCGAUAUAAAACAGGCAUUUUCGUAGAGGAUCAGCUUGACACUCCGGACAAUGCUCAGUACUUUCGAUACAUUGCAGAUCACGUUUCUCGAUUUGAUCCCACAGAAAGGUCCAUGUUUGAUGGAUUGCUCGAUAACGAAUGUUAUCUCUUAACGGGUCACACAUAUUCCUCCAGCUCUAGAUCUCCAUAUGAUUUUGGUGUCGAAUGGUGGGUGCAGACCAACUUGGAAGCGAAGGAGAGGUGCCAGCUAGGAAAUAGACAAGGUCAUAUUGACAAGGACGCUCCAGUUUAG